AUCAUCAACGCGUUGGUACUCGCCGGAGCGAACCUUCAAGCAGUGGAUGAGCAUGGUCGAACACCACUCAUCCGAGCCGUGAAAGACGAGAUGUCCGACUCACUCGUCACAUUGCUGCUGGAAUUUGGAGCUCGCGUGAACGCGACGGACGAGCAGCAGAACACGGCGCUACACUAUGCCGCCAUGCAGCAACCGUCCGCAGAGAUGCGGAAUCUCAACGUGAUCCGGAUCCUGCUUGUAAACGGCGCUGAUCAAGGGAUCAGGAAUGUGCGAGGUCGCACUCCUCUAUACAAAGCCAUCAUGUGGGAGCGUCUUGGUCGGGCAGUCGAGUUGUUGGACUACGGAGCUGACUUGGAAGCGGUGGACAACAACGGUCAGACUGCCCUGUACGACGCCGUGCUCCACGGCAACGCGCAAUUAACCAGACUCCUCUGCGAGCGUGGCGCAUCUUUGGACAAGAAGGAUAAGACGGGCCAAACAGCACUCCAUUAUGCCGUAUCGCAAGGCCGGAGCGAAAUCGUCGAGAUCCUCGUCAAUGCCGGCGCAAACGUGAAUCUCAUAUCGAAGGGUGAGACGCCCCUAUGUCGCGCUACGGCCAAGUCCAACAAGUAUCUCAUCGCUUUCCUGCUGGCUUUGGGAGCGGACAUAUCUGUGCCUUCUCCUGGGUAUUCCGGCGCGCUUCCUAUUCAUCUUGCUUGCAUUGGGAAGCAGAUGGAGAUUCUUAAGACGCUGGUCGAUGCGGGUUCGCCCCUGGACGUGGUGGAUGACGAGGGAAGGACGCCGUUGCAGUGGGCG